AUGGAAGACCAUGUUGAUGGUGGGUCGAAAGAGGAUUCCUGCAUUACUGAUUUCGAAUGUGUAGAUGUUGAAAAAGAUGAAGCUUUUAGAAAGAAUCCGUUUAUGUGUGAACAUUCUGUUGAUCAUUACUACUAUCUUCUCCCAAGGGCUAAAAGAAGCAGAAUUUUCAGAAGAAAGAAGCCUCCUACUGUUAUGCCGUCUCAGAAAAAGGGUCUGAAGAUUCGAAUCUCUCUUAAACGUAAAACAAUCGAAGCAGUUGAUGAAGACCUUUCCAUGGAGAAAAAGAAGACUGAAACUCUGUUGGAUGAAAAACAGAGUAAAGAGAAAAAGAGAAGAAAGAUUAAGCCAAUAAUUGAUCCUCCAGUUUUGCCAGAUGAGUUGAAGGAGAAGAUUUCAGGAAUGGGUGUUCAGAUUUCUCAAGUGAAAUUCGUAAUUCAGAAAGCUCUUUAUGAUACAGAUUUGAGUUAUCAGCAUAUGCGUCUGUCAAUCCCCCUCAACCAAGUGGUGAGUAAGGAUUUCUUGACACCACAACAGAAAAUGGUGUUGGAGACAAGAGACAUUGAAUCCAACAAAAAGAACAAGAUUCAGUUCAACUUGAUUGAGCCUUCCCUUGAACAAACAAAAAUUCAUUUGGCAAAAUGGGACAUGAACAAAAGCUCAAAUUAUGUGUUAUUGAAUGACUGGAUGCAAGUAGCAGAAAGGAACAAACUCAAGUCUGGAAUGGUAGUGCAGUUGUGGUCAUUUCAUCAACAUUUAAUUCCAUGGUUGGCUCUUGUUUUGGUUCCACAAUAA